AGCAAAGCACAAGACGCUAACAAGCACCCUUAUUCGCUCGAUCCUUUUUUUAAAGACCAUCAUCCGCCUUAUCGACAUCGCGAAUGCUUUCCUCGUAGCGUGGUAUACGUCUUCGAAGUCGAUUAUCCUUGCGGGGCACUCCAGACUCGGCAGACCGACGUUCGUUGCGAACCGCCUCAGAGUCUGACCCGCCCUGAACGGGCCUCUCUCCCCUGCCAAGAUGGACACUCUCAGAACCCAUUUGCAGCACUUGGUAUCUAGGCAAGGAGGGGUCGAUCCCGUCCAAGAGUUGCUCAAGCUGCUGAGAAACCCCUUCAAGCAGACGCUUACCGAUGGUGCAAUAUGGUCCGCCUUGGGCACGUCCAUAGGAUUUACUGCUUUCAUAGCCAUCUCCUUUUCCUUCGUCCGACCUUACAAUACUGUCGUCUACGCGCCCAAGCUUAAACACGCCGAUGACGAACAUGCGCCGCCCCCUAUCGGCAAGGGAUACUUCGCCUGGCUCCCGCCGCUGUGGACCACGACCGAGAAAGACCUGAUCGCUCACGCGGGCAUGGAUGCUGCCAUCUUCCUGCGCUUCACCCGGAUGUGCCGCAACAUCUUCAUCUCCCUCGGCAUCGUCGGCUGCGCCAUUCUCUUGCCUGUAUACUACGUCUUGAACAGCGACACGUCCGAAAAUCAGAAAUGGUUCAUGAGACUCACCCCCUCCAAUGUUAACGAUCAACCCAUCUGGGCCACCGUGACAGCGGCUUAUGCUUUCAACAUCAUAAUUAUGGGGUUUCUCUGGUGGAACUAUAAGCGCGUGCUGCAGCUGAGACGUUUAUACUUCGAGAGCAAAGAAUACCAGCAAAGCCUGUCUGCCCGGACGCUGAUGUUGAACGAUCUCCCCAAGAAGUACUCGAACGACGAAGGAAUCGCCAGAAUUAUCGACGACGUGGUCCCCCACGCUUCCUUCGCUAAGACCGCUGCCGCUCGCAACGUGAGGGACCUGCCCGACUUAAUUCAUCAGCAUGACCACACCGUUCGAAAGCUCGAGAAAGUACUAGCGAAAUAUCUCCACGACCCGCAGAACUUACCGCCCGCGCGGCCAGUGUGCUAUCCUUCCAAGAAGGACCCGUCGUACAGCACUUAUCCCAAGGGCCAGAAGGUCGAUGCCAUCGAGUACCUCACCCAGCGGAUUAGGGAGCUCGAAGUAGAAGUCAAGGAGACUCGGGCUAACAUCGACAAGCGCCAAACGCUGUGUUACGGCUUCGCCAGCUACGACGACAUCUCCGAGGCCCAUAGUAUCGCAUACGUCUUGCGCAAGAAGAAGCCUCACGGAGCCACCAUCGUCCUAGCCCCGAGGCCGAAUGAUAUUAUCUGGGACAACAUGCCUCUGACCCCGGGAGAUCGAAGUUGGAGGAGGAUCAUCAUCAACGUUUGGAUUGCCGCCCUGACCAUUGUCUGGAUUGCGCCCAGCGCCAUGAUUGCCAUAUUCUUGGUCAAUUUGAGUAACUUAGGGUUGAUCUGGCCCAAAUUUCAGGAGCAGCUUUCUGGCAAUACCGGUUUCUGGUCCAUCGUCCAGGGUGUCGCGUCUCCUGCUAUCAUGUCUCUAGUCUACCUGGUUCUGCCCAUCAUCUUUCGGCGACUAUCUAUAAGAGCUGGCGACCACACGAAGACGGGUCGUGAGCGUCACGUCGUCGCAAAGCUAUACGCCUUCUUCGUUUUCAACAAUCUGAUCGUCUUCUGCCUCUUCGGCACUAUAUGGAACCUUGUUUCGUCCGUUGCCGAGAACCCGGCGAAGGCCUGGGAUACCGUGUCCAGUUUCAGCGUCACGUUGUUCAUCUCUCUGUGCGACAUCUCCUCUUUCUGGGUCACCUGGCUGCUGCAGCGGAACCUGGGCGCCGCCAUCGAUUUAGCUCAACUGUGGACCUUGAUCUACAGCUUUUUCAUGCGCAAGUUCUCUAGUCCCACACCGCGCGAGAUGAUCGAGCUCACGGCCCCUCCGGCCUUCGAUUACGCCAGCUACUACAAUUACUUCCUCUUCUACUCCACCGUGGCCUUGUGUUUUGCCGGUCUCCAGCCACUCGUCCUUCCCGCUGCGGCCCUGUAUUUCUCUAUCGACGUCUGGCUCAAGAAGUACCUGCUCUUGUAUAUUUUCGUCACAAAAACCGAGUCCGGCGGCAUGUUCUGGCGCGUGCUGUUCAACCGGUUCGUCUUCGGCACUAUCCUUUCCAACCUGGUGAUCUUCCUCAUUGCCUGGGUGCACGGCGACGGGCUCCAUACCAUGGCCUUCGCGUCCGUUCCGCUACCGUUCAUCAUGAUAUUCUUCAAGAUCUACUGUUCGUAUACAUUCGACGACAAGAUUCACUUCUACUCGACGCGAAAUGUCCGGAAGCAUCCGGAAGGGACUUUGCAGAAGGACCCCUUACGAUCGGCGGGUCUCGCUCACCGGUUCGGCCAUCCCGCCCUCUACAAACCUCUCAUCACCCCGAUGGUCCACGCCAAGGCCCAGAACAUCCUAGCUUCCAUCUACAAGGGCCGUCUGUCGGACGGCCGCGAGGCCUACUCGGGAGAUACCAUGUCCACGUCCGGCUACUCGGACGCUUACGUGAUGAACCCAAUGCAUUCCGGUAAGCCUGGGAAGACGGCGGGGAUCCCCGGCUUCGAAAUCGUACCCGAAUCUAGGCUCGACUUCGAAUAUUACAAAACCCGGGCCGAAUUUGCGUCGGAACACGGCGGCGGCGAUAUUUUCGGCCGCUCCAACGACGUCGUGCGCCCGGGCACGCCUGGUAGCGCUUGGAAUGGUAGUGACCCUCCUUCGCGAUCGGCGAGCCCGACGAUACCUACCAUUCCGAGGGUGGACAGCCCUAGCGCGAUGGGCAGGACUUUCUCCCCAGGCUCUGACACUGGCAUGACCUAUCCGGGCGGAUAUAGCCAGCCGAUGGGGAGCCCAUACUCGCAGCCAGAGGCCAGCCGAUCCCGCGGCGCUUUGUACAGCCUCGGAAAUGAUAGCGGUUCCAAUUUGGUAGCAAAUGCGGCGGCGAUGCCCAUAGCUGCGCCUAGCGCGCGAGAUCGCAGCGCGGAACGGCCGAUGAGAACGCCGGGGGGCGUGGGAAUGUUGGGAGGCGGGCCGCGGGGUUACGGCGGCGUGCCGCAGGAAGAGGACCCGGGUUCCCAAGAGUAUGACCCCAUGCAGUACAACUACUUCCGGGAAGCGCGGACUUCACACAGGCGCUAAGCUCCGCGACCACACCCCCGGCCGGUACUCUCUGCUUUGUCAGGUCGGACAUGACUGUAUAUAGACCCGGCAUCGGACGACAGGGCGAUAUCUCUCUUCUUUUUCGUUUCUUUUGUCUCCUCUCGCGCAGAGGACUUUUCCGAC